AGGGGAGCAGCUACCUGCCUCUGCCGAGUGUGCAUGAAUUGGUGUUGGCUGGAGAGGCUGUGUACGCCUUGCUGGGCCUGGCACCUCCUUAUACCGAAUAAAACAGCUCUGCAGCUAGCCCGGCACCCCUGCUGCCCCAGGCUCCGUCCGGGCCGAGUGCCCGAGCUCCCUGGGCCUUGUCCUCCUGCCCCACAUUCUCUCCUUGCCGUCACCCUACCAGUUCCUUCCUGCAGCUCUCUGGGUGCUUAGCACUGGAGUUUGGACGUGAUCUGGGUUUUUCUGUGCAGUUACAGAAGUCUAGCCCUGAGGCUCUGUGGUGUGCAGAGGCUGCUGUGUCACCCCCUGAAGAGCCCAGGGUGCAGCGGAGUUCAAUGUCACAAAUUGUGAAGCACUAGGUGGUCACCUCGCGUCUCUGCCACGCGCAUUUCUAGUAUGGAUCAGAAACUGUCCAAGCUGGUAGAAGAGCUCACGACUUCGGGAGAACCCCAGCUGAAUCCUGAGAAGAUGAAGGAACUGAAGAAAAUUUGCAAGUCUUCCGAGGAGCAUCUCAGCCACACCUACCACCUGCUCACAACCCAGCUGAGCCAGGAGCAUGCCCAGAUCCGCCUCUCUGCAUUCCAGGCCAUAGACGAGCUCUUUGCCCGGUCUCACCAGUUCAGGAUGCUGGUUGUUUCAAACUUCCAGGAGUUUCUGGAUCUCACACUGGGCACUGACCAUGAGCAGCCCCUGCCGCCCCCCAAGGAGGUGGCCCAGAAGCUGAGGCAGGCUGCCACCCGGGCUGUCCACGAGUGGAAUGAGAAGUACGGGGCGGCCUACAAGAAGCUCGCCUUGGGCUACCACUUCUUAAGACACAGCAAACAGGUGGAUUUUCAGGAUGUGAGCGCAAGGACUCUGGCAGAAAGGAAGCGGGAGGAGGAGAAGCAGAAACGCUUGGAUAGAAUCUACAAGGAAAGGUCUGAGCGGGCCGUCAGGGAGAUGGAGGAAAUGUCCGAGGAGAUCCGGAGCUGCCUCACGGAGGUGGAGACCUGCUUCAGGCUGCUGGUGCCAUUUGACUUUGCCACAGGCCUGGGGACAGCGUCACCUCUGGUGGACUUCCCUGUGUCUGAGGAGAGUGCCCGCUGCCAGGCCGGUGCUGUGAAUCAUGAGGACGAGGAGCAGCCCUGCUGCAGCAAGACCCUGAUCGCCUGUGCCCACCUUCCGGGAGCCGUCAGUGGGGAGGGGCCACCCCAGACUGCCACGGGGGCCAAGGAGGAGGAGGGGGACAGUGAUGGUGACAGUGACAGCGACAGUGACGGAGAAGGGUUUGUGCGGCACCAUGGCCUGGGGUCCCACAAGUACACACUGGAUGUGGAGCUCUCCUCAGACGGCCUGAGGGUGCAUGAGGACGAGGACAACCACGCUGUCAUCCACUCGGCCCGCGAUGCACUCAAGCUUAUCCAAAACAAGUUUCUGCCAGCCGUGUGCUCCUGGGUCCAGCUCUUCACCCGUGCAGGGGUCCAUGGUGGACACUUAGAAGCUGCCAUUGACCUGAAGGCGGAGCUGGAAACCGCCCUGAGGAGAUCGGGAGAGCUGGACAUUAAGCCUGAGGAGGGGCACAGGAGGGAGGUGGCAACCCCAGGGGACAGGGACGAGGACAAUGACGAUGACGACGAUGACGGGGACUUUGUAGAGGUUCCAGAGAAGGAGGGGUAUGAGGCCUGCAUCCCCGACCACCUGCGGCCUGAGUACGGGCUGGAGAAAGAGCCAGCUGUGCGGAGCUUGCCAGCGAGGAAGAGGACAAGGAGGGACGAGGAGGCAUGUGACCCCACCUCUGCUGCUGCCCAGCUGCAUCAGCUGCGUGGACGCUUGCCCCCACCUCCAAGCCCCAGGGCACCUGUGGGACCAGAGGAGGCUGGGAAGCUGGCGGCAGAGCGGGCCCGGGCACCUUUUGUGCCCUUUGGAGUGGACCUGUGCUAUUGGGGCCAGGAGCAGCCAGUGGCUGGGAAGAUCCUCAAGUGUGACUCUGAGCACCGCUUCUGGAAACCUAGCGAGGUAGACACAGAAGUGGACAGCGCUGAUGUCUCAGAGAUGCUGCAGAGCCGCUACAUCACCUUUGCGGGGACAUUUGAGCCUGUGCGGCACCGGUGCCGUGCCCUGAGGCCUGACGGCCGGCUCUGCGAGCGGCAGGACCGGCUAAAGUGCCCUUUCCAUGGGAAGAUCAUCCCAAGAGAUGAUGCGGGACGGCCCCUCCAUGAGGAAGAUAGGACCCGUGAGCAGAGGCAGCAGCAGCAGAGGCAGGCAGGCCGUGCAGAUGUCAGAUUUCAGGCUGACAGGGCGUCCGAGCCCCCGGGCCAUGGAUGGCGGCAGGGAGGGGCCAGUGACCUGCUAAUCCGCGGGGCGAGGCCUUCCCUGGUGGCUCACACUCAGGAGCAAAUUAAACUGGCAGGACCCCGAGUUUAUGAGAGAUGUGGAGGCCGCCACGGGAGUGGACCUUGGCUCGUCUCAGUCCAGCAGGAGAGGCAAGGGCAAGCGGAGGAAGCAUCCCGGCCUUGCCGACCUGAAGCAGCAGACCAACACUGCCCGUGCACGCAUCGCCAAGAAGGUGUUUGCUAAGGCAGCUGUGCAGAGGGUGAUCACAGCCAUGAAUCAGAUGGACCGGAGGAAGCAUGAGAAGUUUGCAAACCAGUUUAACUAUGCGCUGAAUUAGAGGGUCAGACGAUGUAUGUGGUCUCCUCUGGCCAUCAGCUCCUCUUCUCCCUUGGCUGGUGCACUAGGAUGGGAAAACAGACACAGGACUGGGCUGUAGCCACAGCCACCAUUGUUUUGUGUAUUCAAUAUGAGAAAAUAGUACAGAUUCAAAUUACAAUGCCCCGCAGGUAUGGACUGUCCCCUGCUGUAGCAGGCCAUGGCCAUCUAGUUAUGGGUCCUGCCUGCCUGAGAUCCUGGAGGUGACAUAGGCAGCUGUGUCUCGGUGGGGUGCCUUGCAAAGCCUAUCCACUUGUGACAUGCUUCAGAGUCAAUGGCCCAUGUGUGACCCCCCACUCCCAGCCCUUUCCCCGGGCAGUGGUCACUCACAGGGGCUCUAGGAAACCUUACACUUCAUGUAAACACUGUUUUUAAGACAAACACAAAGGGAAGUGAGCCGUUCAGUGUUACACCUUGCAUUUCCAGUGCACAAAGCGUUUUGGUGAUGGAUCUGCAUUAUUAGAAUGCCAACAACUACCUCACUGCUUUUGUUUUUUAAAAAAUAGUUUUAUUGAAAUAGAACUCACACACCCUAGGAUUCACACUUUUAAAGUGUACCACUUAGUGGAUUAAGUACAUUGUACAGCCUUGGACCACCUGGUUCUAGAACUUUCAUCACCCCAGAAGAAAGCCUGUCCCACUCCUCCCUCCAUCCCCCCCCCCCUUGUUUGUGGCUUUGCCCUUUCCAGGUGAACGGAAUCCCAGCAAUAUGUGGUCUUUCAUGUCUCCUGGGUUUUCCAUGUCGUGGAAUAUGUCAGAGCCCCAUACCCUUUAAUGGUGCAGUGAUGACACCCAGUGUGUGGGCACAGCACACUGCUGAUCUGUUUCUCACGGACAGUUGGGUUCUCUCCACACCGUUUGGCUAUUAUGAAUAAUGCUUUUGUGAACAUUUGUGUACAGACAUACAUGUCCAUUUCUUUUUGGUUUACACCUAGAAGUGGAAUUUCUGGUUCAUUUGACAACUGUUUUGACUUUUUGAUGAACUGCCAAACUGUUCCAAAGGAGCUGCACCAUUUUCCUUACAUUCUCACCGCAGUGCGUGAGAGUUCCAAUUUCUCCAUAUUUUUGUCAACACAUGUUAUUAUCUGAUUUAAUUGUAGCCAUCUUGGUGUGAAGUGGUAUCCUGAUUUGCAUUAACUUGUUAUUAACUUGACUAAUGAUAUUAAUUAUAUUUUCAUGUGCUUAUUGGC